AAUAUGUAAAUUUCACCUUUUGGAUACAAAAUUUGAAAAAGAGGUUCUCAUUGAUUCCAAACAAAAUGCCACUUGUGUGAAACAAGCUGUAGGAAGUAUGUCCUGGGAUACUCAUCUGAACAAAACUAAUAUGUUACUAUUGCUCAAUACGUCUUUGUUCAUCAUGCUGGACAGUCUUAACAGCUUAGAUGGUUCUACCUGGUCAGUGGGGCAAGCAUGGUUAAACCAAGUACUACAAAGACAUGACAUUGCAAGAGUACUUGAACCUUUGCUUCUACUGCUACUCCACCCAAAAACACAGCGAGUUUCUGUGCAGCGAGUUCAGGCUGAGUGCUACUGGAAUAAGUCUCCUCACUACCCUGAAGAAGAAACUGAAAAGCACUUCAUGCAAAAAUUUAGCUGUGGUGAUGCAUUUUCUCACAUGCCUGUAAGCCAAGGACAACUUAUUACACCUAAAGAAAACAGUGAAAAACAACUUAUCAUGGAUGAAAUGGAGAACUUCAGUCUCACAGUCAACCCUUUGAGUGACAGACUUUCCUUGUUAAGUACUAGCAGUGAGACUAUUCCAAUGGUGGUGUCCGAUUUUGACCUUCCCGACCAUCAGAUAGAAAUACUCCAGAGUUCUGACUCUGGCUGUUCACAGUCAUCUGCUGGAGACAAUCUGAGCUAUGAGGUGGAGGCAGAAAGCCUCGGUGCUCAGAAUAGUUCUCAGACAUUGCGAGAAGACUCACCUGAUGAAAUUGUGCAACAGGUGGUUAUUGACUUGAUAUGCAAGGUAGUAAGUGGUCUUGGAGAGGAGACCGAAUCAGUUAAACACGAUCUGCAUCCUGAUGAUGCUUCAUCUAAAUUCAGUACUUUAGAUCACUCUGAAGAGGUUUCUAAAAGUGAAGAUCAAAAUAUUCAAAGCAGCAAGAACAGUUUGUUUGGCAAUGACAAUUCUCAGUUAUUAUCUGCUUCGACUGAGAUUGGACUUGAAAGGCUAAUGGAUUCAUCACCUUGUAUUGAAGUAAGCCCUCAGGCCCCCUCUGACCUUACUUCCAGUUCAACAGAUGCAAAAUCUGGACAAAGAAGUCACAGUAGUAUUCAGUUCAGCUUCAAAGGAAAACUACCAGAAAAAAUGUCAGAAAAAGAAACUAUUGUUAAAGAGGCUGGUAAGCAACCAGGAGCAAAGCCCAAAGUGAAAAUAGCCAGAAGGAAAGAUGAAGACAAGAAAAAAUCACAAACAGAAAAGCUUAAACAAACCAGUAUUUUCUUUAGUGAUGGUCUUGAUUUAGAGAAUUGGUACAGCUGUGGAGAGGGAGAAAUUUCAGAAAUAGAGAGUGAUGUGGGGUCUCCAGGAAUAAGAAAAUCUCCCAGUUUAAACAUUCAUCCAUUAUAUCAACAUGUGUUGCUUUAUCUCCAGUUAUAUGAUUCCUCAAGAACAUUAUAUGCUUUUUCUGCAAUCAAAGCAAUCUUGAAAACAAAUCCUUCUGCUUUUGUAAAUGCCAUCUCUACUACCAGUGUCAACAAUGUAUACACUCCUCAGCUGUCCUUGCUUCAAAAUCUUUUAGCUAGGCAUCGAAUAUCUGUUAUGGGCAAAGACUUCUAUAGUCACAUUCCAGUGGACUCUAACCAUAACUUCAGGAGUUCUAUGUACAUAGAAAUUCUUAUCUCGCUAUGUUUAUACUAUAUGAGGAGCCACUAUCCAACUCAUGUAAAGGUAACCCCGCAAGAUCUAAUAGGAAACCGCAAUAUGCAGAUGAUGAGCAUUGAAAUUUUGACACUUCUCUUUUCUGAAUUGGCGAAAGUAAUAGAAAGUUCUGCAAAGGGCUUUCCUAGCUUUAUUUCAGACAUGUUAUCCAAAUGCAAGGUUCAGAAAGUGAUCCUGCACUGUUUGCUAUCUUCUAUCUUUAGUGCACAGAAGUGGCACAGUGAAAAGGUAGCUGGUAAAAACAUUGUUGUUAUUGAAGAAGGUUUCUCUGAAGACAGCCUUAUCAAUUUUUCUGAGGAUGAAUUUGACAGUGGCAGUACUCUACAGUCACAGCUCUUAAAAGUGCUUCAGCGACUAAUUGUCUUAGAACAUAGAGUAAUGACUGUGCCUGAGGAGAACGAAACAGGCUUUGAAUUUGUCAUUACUGACUUAGAGCAGAUUAACCCACAGCAGCCAAUGACUUCACUUCAGUAUUUACACUCCCAGCCAAUAACCUCUCAAGGCAUGUUUCUCUGUGCAGUAAUAAGAGCUUUACACCAACACUGUGCCUGUAAAAUGCACCCCCAGUGGAUUGGCCUGAUCACUUCUACUCUGCCUUACAUGGGAAAAGUUCUACAAAGAGUGGUAGUUUCUGUAACCCUCCAGCUUUGCAGGAAUUUGGAUAAUUUAAUUCAGCAGUAUAAAUAUGAAACAGGAUUAUCCAAUAGCAGGCCGCUUUGGAUGGCGUCAAUUACUCCACCAGAUAUGAUUCUUACCCUGUUAGAAGGCAUCACAACAAUAAUUCAUUACUGUCUACUUGAUCCAUCUAUACAGUAUCAUCAGCUUUUGGUUAACGUUGACCAGAAACACUUGCUUGAAGCACGCAGUGGAAUCCUGUCUAUCCUUCAUAUGAUCAUGUCAUCUGUGACUUUGCUGUGGAGCAUACUGCACCAGGCAGAUUCUUCAGAGAAAACAACUGCUGCAGCGGCUGCAUCUGUUACCACUAUUAAUCUUGGAUCAACAAAGCUUCAAGUACAGCGAUGGAAACAAUUAUCUGAAGAGUGCAAAGGCAAUGGCUAUGCUCUGGAACUACCCACCCAGCAUAGCCAAGACAAGAAGCAUCUGUCAUUGGAAGUCUGCAUGUUGCAGUUUUUCUAUGCUUAUAUUCAAAGGAUUCCAGUGUCCAGCUUAGUAGACAGCUGGGCAACACUAUUGCUUCUUCUGAAGGACUCCAUACAACUCAGUCUUCCAGCACCAGGGCAGUUUCUCAUACUUGGUGUUCUGAAUGAGUUUAUUAUGAAAAACCCAAGUCUGGAGAAUAAGAAAGAUCAAAGAGAUCUUCAGGAUGUAACUCACAAAAUAGUGGAUGCCAUUGGUGCAAUUGCUGGUUCUUCCUUGGAACAGACUACUUGGUUAAGACGAAAUCUAGAGGUCAAACCUUCCCCCAAGAUAAUGGUUGAUGGAAACAACUUGGAAUCGGAUGUUGAAGAUAUGUUGUAUCCAGCUCUGGAAACCUCAAAUAUAACUCCUUCAGUUUAUAGCGUCCAUGCAUUAACAUUACUUUCUGAGGUUUUGGCUCAUCUGUUGGAUAUGGUUUUCUACAGUGAUGAAAAGGAGAGAGUUAUUCCCUUGCUUGUAAAUAUUAUGCACUAUGUUGUGCCCUACCUCCGCAAUCACAGUGCUCACAAUGCACCCAGUUAUCGAGCCUGUGUUCAGUUAUUGAGCAGUCUUAGUGGGUAUCAGUAUACAAGAAGAGCAUGGAAAAAGGAAGCUUUUGAUCUUUUCAUGGAUUCCAGCUUCUUCCAAAUGGAUGCUUCUUGUGUUAACCAUUGGAGAGCAAUUAUGGAUAAUUUGAUGACACAUGACAAAACUACGUUUAGAGAUUUGAUGACACGAGUGGCCGUGGCUCAGAGCAGUUCACUCAAUCUGUUUGCUAAUCGGGAUGUAGAGUUGGAACAGCGAGCUAUGCUCCUGAAGCGGCUGGCCUUUGCCAUUUUUAGCAGUGAAGUGGACCAGUACCAGAAAUAUCUUCCAGAUAUACAAGAAAGGCUGGUAGAAAGUCUCCGUUUGCCUCAAGUGCCCACCCUUCACUCUCAAGUGUUCCUGUUUUUCAGAGUAUUGCUUUUAAGAAUGUCUCCACAGCACCUUACCUCACUUUGGCCUACCAUGAUCACUGAACUGGUACAAGUGUUUUUACUGAUGGAACAGGAACUCACUGCUGAUGAAGAUAUUUCAAGAACUUCGGGCCCAUCUGUUGCUGGCCUAGAGACAACAUACACAGGAGGCAAUGGCUUCUCCACAUCGUACAACAGCCAGAGGUGGUUAAACCUUUACUUGUCUGCUUGUAAAUUUCUGGACUUGGCCCUGGCAUUGCCAUCUGAAAAUCUUCCUCAGUUUCAGAUGUAUCGGUGGGCUUUUAUUCCAGAAGUGUCAGAUGAUUCAGGUUUGGAGGUACGAAGACAGGGCACACAUCAAAGGGAAUUUAAACCAUAUGUGGUACGAUUAGCAAAACUGCUGCGGAAAAGAGCAAAGGACAAGCAGGAGGACUUUAAAAUGAUGAUUUUGGAGGGAGUGGAGAUGGCCAAGCAUCAGAAAAACCCAGAGGAGGACUGCUCAGGGAAAACAUUAAGUUGGGAACCAGGUCAUUUGCUGUUAACCAUCUAUACUGUCCGCAGCAUUGAGCAGCUUCUCCCUUUCUUCAAUGUACUCAGCCAGGUUUUUAAUAGCAAAGUCACAAGCAGAUGUGUUGGACACUCAGGGAGCCCUGUCCUUUACCCAAAUUCUUUCCCCAAUAAGGACAUAAAAAUGGAGAACCAAAAAACAUUCUCCAGCAGAGCAAGGCAAAAAAUUGAAGAGAUGGUUGAGAAGGAUUUCCUGGAAGGUGUCAUAAAAACGUGAGCUAUAAUUAGUACUAUUCAGCUUAAAUGUAAUGUAAUUGUUUAAAUGAAAUGCUGUAUCUUUCAGAGUUGUAUAGUUUUCUUUUCUUAUUCUGUAUGUAAAGAACAUUUCAGGUUAUAUUUAAAUAUUUGUAAAUAAGAGACCAGUUCUGGAUGUAGCCUGAAUCAAGUUUAAAUAUUGUUGGCUCAUAUUGAUUAUGAUGCCUAAUAUUUAUAGUAUCUGUGUUUUGUUGUCCUGAGUUCUGUCUUUAAAGAAAAACAACCUACAAAAUACAAGCUGCACAUUUUUCA